UUUCGCCUUAUCAUUCGUCCGCCCACUCCAAAGAUGGCGGGGGAUCCUGCAAUGGAGCUGCUUUUCUUAGAUACUUUCAAACACCAAAACACGGAGCAAGGUAGCAAUGUUGAUGUGGUACGAUUUCCGCGUGUGGUUUACAUCAAUGAAGUCCGGGUUAUCCCCCCAGGUGUGAGAGCGCACAGCAGCUUGCCAGACAGCAGGGCUUACGGAGAAACCUCGCCUCACACAUUUCAUUUGGAUUUGUUUUUCAAUAAUGUCAACAAGCCCAGUGCGACCGUGUUUGACAGGCUGGGGAGCCUGGAUUAUGACGAAAGUACCUCCAUCAUUUUUCGACCAAAUGCAAAGGUUAAUACCGAUGGGCUUGUGCUGAAGGGAUGGUAUAAUUGCCUUACACUAGCAGUCUAUGGAUCUGCAGACCGAGUAAUCAUAAGUCAUGACAGAGAUUCUCCCCCUCCUCCGCCUCCCCCACCGCCGCCUCCUCAACACCAACAAGUUGCCCAGAAGAGAAAUCAAAAGCAUGUUGAGGAAGAUAAAGAAGAUCAGUUUAAUGGUAGUCCACCAAGGCCACAACCAAGAGGGCCCCGGACUCCUCCAGGGCCUCCACCUCCUGAUGAUGAUGAAGAUGAUGAGCCUAUGCCGGCCUCAGGUGAGAAUAAGGAAGAUGAGGGAGAACAAAGAGAAGGUUAUUUUGAACCUAUAUCUCCUGAUCGAGUGUCUAUUCAUCCUGAUGGCAAUUAUUCUGAUGAUGAUGAUGUGGAUGACGACGGUCAGGAUGACAUGGAUGAUGAUGACGAAGACGAUGAUGAAGAUGAUGACGACGACGAUGACGAUCUUAAUGCUGAAGAGGAUGAGGAUGAUGAAGAUGCUCAAACAGGAGACAGCAUAGCUGAAGAUGAUGAAGAAGAGGGAGAUGAUGAAGAAAUAGAAGGAGAUGAUGGCUACGAACAAAUCUCAAGUGAUGAGGAUGGUAUUGCGGACUUUGAGCGUGAAGCUUUUAAGUAUCCAAGUUUUGAUAUUGAUUAUACUCCUGAAGACUUAGCCUCUGUCCCCACAAUGGCAUAUGACCCAUACGAUCGGGAACUGGGGCCUUUUCUGUACUUUAGUUGUCCAUAUAGGACUGCCUUUGAAAAUGAACUCAACAAGUUCCGUGACCAAGAUCUAGAGAAAGAAAGCACUGGGGCUGCUGAAUUCUCUGUUAAGCUAGUAGAACUGCUUGAAUUACACCAGGAUGAUAGAAGUGCAAAGUGGAUAACUGCUCUGGAAGAAGUGCCCUCCUUAACAGUCAAAGGUUUGAGUUUUUUGCAAGUUAAGGAACCUGGAAGCAAUCAUCUUACUCAGUUAGUUGAGUGGGCAAUGCAAGCCUUGGACUUGCAGCUGGCUCUACAGCAACCUAUAGCAUUGAACGUCCGACAGCUCAAAGCCGGGACUAAGUUGGUGUCUUCUCUAGCAGAGUGUGGGGCACAAGCAAUAGAAUCUCUUCUGAAUGCAGAUGUAUUCGGCAAGCUGUACAACUUGCUUUUUGCCGAGCAUGUGUCGUCGUCGUUAAAGUUAAAUGCUUUUAAGUCUUUGGACAGCCUCAUCAGUACAGCCGAGGGGAUGGAAGCAUUUUUAAAAAGCCCUUCUGGAGUACAAGGAAAAAGUGGUUACCAGAGACUCUUGGAAUUAAUUUUAUUGGACCAGACUGUGCGCGUGUUUACCGCAUGUUCUGCUGUUCUCCAGAAAUGCCACUUCUAUGAAAUCCUUUCUGAUGUAAAGAGAAUAGGGGACCAACUUGCAGAAAAUGCUGCACCCCUUUCCAACCACGAUGACACUGAUCAGGAUACGGAAUCUGGCCUGGACGGCGAUGCGGAAGUUCCCAUGGAUAUGGAUAAUCUCUUAGAGACAUCGAAUAUUAGUGAAGGAGACAUGGAAAAGCUGGUUGGCCUCUUGAAUGAAAUUUUACACCUUCUGGAGACUGCUCCCCACACUAUGAUUCAGCCACCUGUGAAAUCAUUCCCGACCAUGGCCCGCAUCACCGGUCCUCUGGAACGAGAUGACCCCUAUCCUGUCUUAUUUCGGUAUCUCCAUGGCCAUCAGUUUCUGGAGUCUGCCACAUUGCUUCUGUCUCUGCCUGGAACUAGUUCCCAUCCUGGAGUGGUGCACACCAUUAGGGAGAUACUGCGCUUCAUGGCUCAGUCGCAGAAAGGCCUAUUGUUCCUUUUAUUCGAGAACGAAGCAACAAACCUCAUAGCCAGGGCUUUGUGCCAGGCAUCUGAACAGGACCAGGACGACAAUCUACAAUCAGAAUCCAGCAGUGAAGACCCGUGUGCCUUGUGGCUUCUCCAUGCUACUCAGGCCCUCCAAUAUAUCUCAGAGCUGUUUCAUCACUUCCAGCUCUGCACAGCCAGUGAAGAGACUGACCAAGCCAACCUCCUGGGUAUUCUGCACAACCUUUAUCUGAUCAGCUUCAACCCUGUUGGGAGGUCUGCUGUCGCCCAUGUCUUCAGCCUCGACAAGAACCUGCAGUGCCUCAUGACGCUCAUGGAGUUUUGCUCUAAGGAAGCUCUGGGGGACACAAAGUCAAAGAAAUCAGUGGCCUAUAACUAUGCAUGUCUGCUUGUGCUACUGGUGGUCCAGACUGCUAAUGAUGUUCAGACGUUGGAGGACCAUUCCGCUCCUCUUCUAAAGCUCUGCAAAGCUGAUGAGAACAACACAAAGCUACAAGAGCUUGCGAAGUGGUUAGAGCCGUCGAAAAGCAUUCGAUUUGAGAUAAAUUGCAUCCCAAACCUGAUUGAUUACAUAAAACAAAAUUUGGACAAUUUGAUGACACAAGAAGGUGUUGGGCUUCUGACUGCUCUUCGAAUUCUUUGUCACAUAGCUUGUCCCCCUAAUCCUGUUGAAGGUCAGCAGAAGGACCUGAAGUGGAACCUCGCUGUAAUUCAACUUUUUUCGGCCGAAGGCCUGGACACCUUCAUCCGUGUCCUACAGAAACUAAACGGCAUCCUAAUCCAGCCGUGGAGACUCCAUGUGAACCUAGGGACCACGCUGUACAGAGCCAUCACCAUCUCCGUAGCCCGCUGCACCCUCACUCUGCUGAAGACUAUGCUGACUGAGCUUUUGCGUGGCGGCUCCUUUGAGUUUAAGGACAUGAGGGUUCCUUCGACCCUGGUCACUUUGCACAUGCUUCUGUGCUCAAUCCCUCUUUCUGGCAGGCUGGAUGGAGAAGAGCAGAAAAUUCAGAGUGACGUCAUAGACAUUUUAUUGACGUUUACCCAAGGGGUUAACGAGCAGCUUACAAUUUCAGAGGAGACAUUGGCCAAUAACACUUGGUCUCUAAUGCUGAAAGAGGUUCUUUCUUCAGUCUUAAAGGUUCCGGAAGGGUUCUUCUCUGGGCUCAUCAUCCUGUCUGAGCUUCUGCCGUUACCUCUUCCUAUGCAGACCACACAGCCUCUGGAGUCUCAGGACGUUGCCGUAGCUUUGAACACCAGAAAGUUGUGGAGCAUGCAUCUGCAUGUACAAUCCAAGCUGCUCCAGGACAUCGUAAGGUCCAUCUCUGGGACCUCCUGUCAGCCCCUGCAGCAUAUGAUCAGACGCAUUUGCAUCCAACUUUGUGACCUGGCCUCACCCACGGCUCUUCUGAUCAUGCGAACAGUGCUGGAUUUGAUCGUAGAAGAACUUCAAAUUGGUCCAGAAGAGAAGGAGAAGCAGUAUACGGGUCAGACGGCUCGUCUUCUGGCGCUUCUCGACUCCCUUGCUUCUUACAGGGCUUGUAAAGUCACUAUAUUACAUCUACUGAAUGGUGGCAAAGGAGACGAGCGCUAUUCGGAGCUUUUUCAGGAUCUACUGUCCUUGAUGAAGUCUUCCAGUGACAAUGUCAUCCAGCAGCAGUGUUCUGAAUAUGUUGCAUCCAUUGUGCAGUAUCUCUGUGACCAGGAUAUUGCACUAAUUCUACCAAGCACGGGCGAUGCGACCGUGUCGGAGCUGGAACGGCUUGCCAACUCUCUACCGAGCAAGGAUCUGCUUCCUUCCAUCUGUGACAGUUUGUUUGAGACCUUGAGCAACAGUGAUAGUAGCUACACGUCCCUGCUCACCUGCAUUAGGACCAUGAUGUUCCUCUCAGAGCACGACUAUGUUUUCUACCACUUAAAGAGCUCCCUUAUGAAGCACAGCAAUUCUUUGUUUGCCCUACUGAAAAGAAUUACCUGCGGCUUUGGAAAAGAUACGGGAGAGCUGGCUUCUUUGUUCCUGGACUUCAUGAGACAGAUCGUGAGCUCUGAUUCCGUAGCUUGCGGAGAAGAGGGUGGAAUGAUGGAGGUAGACGGAUCUCAUCCUUCAAAGACAAUGGGGCUCAGCCCUGCCGAAAUAAAGCACUUACUUCUCAACAAAGGAGAGCAGUCAGAGGAUUUGCUUUUGGAUCUGGAGAAACUUGUUUUGGAGCAGUCUAAGGACGAUGACUCCUUGGAGUCUUUGUUGGACAACAUUGUGAGUUUCCGUCAGAUAGUGGAAAAUGCCAAGGAUCCGACGCCACUCAGUGACCAGGAUGCGGAGCCGGCUCUGCCAGCGGCCGAUUCACUGCAGAAUCUGUUCAACAACAGGACGGUGUACAUUCUCGCAGAGGUGAUGGACGAGCAACUGAAAUCCUUGUCGUUCUCCCCGUUCCAGCCAGAAGAAGCUGAUGCAGACCUAGACAUGGUGAAGGUGGAUUUGAUCGAACUGUCUGCAAAGUGUUGCAGUGAUUUUGAUUUAAAAGCGGAGUUAGAAAGAUCCUUCUUGUUGGAGCCUUCAUCUCCGGGUCGAACAAAAGCUACCAAGGGUUUCAAACUGGGAAAAUACAAACAUGAGACCUUCAUCACAAGUGGAAAGUCUGAAUACAUUGAGCCAGCGAAAAGAGCCCACUUUGUUCCCCUGCCCCGUGGUAGAGGCAGAGGCGGGUUUGGACAGGGAAUGCGGCCGCAUGAUCUCUUCCGUCAGAGGAAGCAGAAUACGAGUCGGCCUCCAUCCAUGCACGUGGACGAUUUUGUCGCAGCUGAACGGAAGGAGGUGUCACCUGCAGUUGGAAUUCUUCCUCCUAAACGGCCACCAAAAGUAACGCAGAAGGUGUCAUCUCGUGGUGGUUUUCCUGGAAACAGAGGUGGGAGAGGAGCUUUCCACAGCCAAAGCAGGUUCUUCACGCCGCCUGCCCCCAAAGUAAACUAUAGCCGUCGGGAAGGGGUUCGUGUCCUGAACUGGAACGCGCAGACAGCCCCGCGAGGUACCUAUGUGGAAAGCAGAGGCGCACAAAGCAACUUUGAAAGAGGACCUUUGCCGCCGCUCAGACAAAGCUCCACAGGGUACCGGCCAAAUCCCCGUGAUCGCACUGCCAGGGGUCGUGGAGGCAUUGGACCGUCUUGGGCAACCGCCACCGGCAGCGGGAACAGUUCACGUGGCAAAUUUCUUGGGGGAAACGGCAGCAGAGGCCGCCACGUACGCUCUUUCACGCGAUAGGAGGAACUUUGCUGGAGAUCUUGUAUAUGCAAAUACGAAAGCAUUGAAAACUAACAUACUGUAGCACUAAUGGAGCAGUGAAUGAAGUGCUUAAACAUGGCAUUAGCCACCCCAUGGGUUUGAAGAAACAUGUUUUUGAUACACACGCUGAACGUUAAACAUUUUAUUUUUAUGUACAGUCUAGUCAUUUUUCUGUGCUUGUCAUUUUUUCCCUGCAGCUUUUUUAAAAUAAAAAGAUGAAACCUU